UUACUUUAACGUUUAUUAUAGAGGCUUCUAUUUAACGAUACAGCGAGUCGGUCCAGACGGAAAGGUCAUAAUAUUGCAAACAGAUCAGGGAACCGUGGAUCAGCAGUAUAGAACAUACGUGACGUGUUCUUUGGCUUCGCUGGUUCACAAAAUGAUGAUUCUCGCCAUCAUAACUGGCGUAAUUUUUGGUUUAGAUUUUGUAUCACACCAUUGUGAAGCUAUAACUGCGCCUAUCAGAUUACAAGGGCCACUCAGUGCAAAUGGCACAGGUCGUGUUGAGAUAUUCUACAACAGAACAUGGGGAACAAUUUGUAAUGAUGGAUGGGACAUAAGAGAUGCUGGGGUUGUAUGUCGUCAACUUGGAUAUAUAGAUUCGGAUAUGGUAUUUUAUUCAAGCCAGUUUCCUUCUGGUUCUGGAAAAAUAUGGUUAAAAAACGUUGAUUGUACUGGUGAAGAAGAAACAAUAACAAGUUGUUCUCACAAUGGCUGGGGAGUUACUGGUUCUUGCUAUCACUAUAACGACGUCGGAGUUGAAUGUUUUAAAGCAGCUGUGCCCCUAAGGUUGCAAGGACCGUCAAGUUUAAAUGGUACUGGCCGUGUUGAAGUUUUCUACAAUGGACGUUGGGGAACAAUCUGUGAUGAUAAAUGGGAUAUGAAAGAUGCUAGGGUUGCAUGUCGUCAACUUGGCUAUAAAGACGUUGUUAGAGCCCUUCGUGAUGGCCAGGUUCCUUCUGGUUCUGGGAAAAUAUGGUUGUCUGAAAUGGAUUGUACUGGGGAAGAACAGAAUAUAACGAGGUGCUCUCACAGAAGUUGGGGUUUUCAUUCUUGUGAACAUAGGGAAGACGCUGGUGUUGAAUGUUCAACAACAGACUUUUCACAUGCGGAUGUGCCACUCAGAUUACAAGGACCAUUCAGCGAAAACGGCACUGGUCGAAUUGAAGUAUUCUAUCAUGGAUAUUGGGGUACAAUCUGUGAUUAUGUAUGGAGUAUAAAAGAUGCCAGGGUUGCGUGUCGUCAGCUUGGUUACCAAGAUGUCCUUAGGGCCCUUCGUGGUACCCAGGUUCCCUCUGCUUCAGGGCAGAUAUGGUUAUCUGACAUCGAAUGUACUGGAAAAGAACGAAAUAUCACAAGUUGUACUCAUAGGGGUUGGGGUGUUGAUUUUUGCUCUCAUUCCGAGGACGUUGGCGUAGAAUGCAGUACACAAGAUUUUACAGCUACGCCUGUGAGACUACGGUUGCAAGGACCGUCGAGCGCAAAUGGUAGAGGCCGUGUUGAAAUAUUGUAUCAUGGUUAUUGGGGAACAAUCUGUGACAGUUCGUGGAAUAUGAAAAAUGCCAGAGUUGUAUGUCGCCAACUUGGGUAUCAAGAUGUUGUUAGAACCCUUCGAAGGUACGAGUUCUAUUCUGGUUCAGGGGAUAUAUGGUUAAACCACCUCGAUUGUACCGGGGAGGAACGAAAUAUCACAAGUUGUCAUCACACUCUUGGGGGGGAGUAUCCAUUUUGCUCUCAUGGUGAUGACGCUGGCGUAGAAUGCAGUACAACAGAUUUUUCAACUACUCCCGUAAGACUGAGAUUACAAGGACCAUUAAGCGUGAAUGGUUCUGGUCGUGUUGAAGUACUAUAUCAUGGAUAUUGGGGAACAAUCUGUGGCGAUGGGUGGGAUAUGAAAAUCGCUAGAGUUGUAUGUCGUCAACUUGGUUAUCAAGAUGUUGCCAGAGUUCUUGAAGCUAACGAGGUACCUCGCAGUUCUCGAAUGACAUGGUUGUCCAAAGUAGCCUGCACUGGGGAAGAAGAAAAUAUCACAAGCUGUACUCAUAAGCCUUGGGGUUGGGGGUGUCGCUCUUAUCCUCAACAUGCUGGCGUUGAAUGCAGUACAACAGAUUUUACCAAUAUAUCUGUGAGACUAAGAUUACAAGGGCCAUUGAGUGCAAAUGGUACUGGUCGUGUUGAAGUACUCUAUCAUGGAUAUUGGGGGAAAAUAUCUGGUUAUUUUUGGAAUAAAAGAGAUGCUAAGGUUGCAUGUCGUCAACUUGGCUAUAACCCAGAUAAUGCGAAGACUCUUAAAUCGAAUCUGGUUCCUUAUAGCUCUGGACGGACGUGGUUACGAUAUGUCGAAUGCACUGGGGAUGAACAAAACAUUGCAAACUGUUCUUACCUUAGUUGGGAACUUCAUUCGGACGCUUCUUAUCUCGAAGACGGAUUUGCCGGUGUGCAAUGUUCCGCGACAGAUUUCACCUCUAUACCUUUGCGACUGAGGUUACAAGGACCAUUGAGUGCACAUGGCAUUGGCCGUGUUGAGGUCUUCUACUAUGGACAGUGGGGAACAAUCUGUGAAAGUGAGUACAGGCGAUCGAUGCGACAAAACAGAUGGCACAAGAAGACACAUGCAGUAGAUGCUAGCUACAGGGUUAUAUGUCGUCAGCUUGGGUAUUAUGAUGCUGUUAGGGCUCUACGAAGAGACGAGGUUCCACUAGGUUCUGAGAGGAUAUGGUUGGAGUCCGUCUUUUGUACAGGGAAUGAAGAAAAAAUAGAAAAUUGUUAUCUUAGUAGUUGGGGGGAUAAUCAUUGCUCGCAUGAGAAUGACGUCGGAGUUGAAUGUACAGCAAAUGUAACUACCACAGCAAGUCCAACUGAUUCAGUUAAUUUCAGAACAGAAAAAUCAAAAUCAGGCGAGAAAUCAAAUAAACCCAAAUGGCCUUUAUUGAUGACAAUACCAGCAAUCAUUAUCGUUAUCGUUGUCUGUGUCGCGAUAUUUUUUCACCGUCGAAGGUUAAGAAUAAAAUACAUUAAACUAGAUUCCAAAACUCCAGCUAUCCUUUUCUUACCAAAAGAUGAGCAUGUUAUAAUCCUCGAUAAAAAAAAUUAGACAACGUGACCAAGUUUUCCAUAAGGUGAUCUUCGACAAGCUGAAGCCGAGUUAUCAUUGAAAGCUUAAUAGUAGCGCAACCAAUCAGAGCCAGCGAUAAAUGAUAGUUUGUAGUACGUUUACGAUUAUACUAAAUACUAUUAUCAGGCAAUGGCAAUAUUUGUAAAGUACAAUAUCUUUCAGUGCAAGUUUAAAAGUGACUAUUAAUCAUCCUGCAUUCUGAUUAGUCAAAAAUCACUGUCUGGGAAGUGAUAGUAACUGCAUGGUCGGUGACUAUAGCUUUUU